GAGAGAGAGAGAGAGAGAGGGGAGGAGGCGGAGGAGGAGGAGGAGGAGAAGAAGAAAAAAAAACGACAGGAGCGCAGCGAGGAGAGAGGACGUGAGCACACUGGGAGAGAGAGAGAAGAGGUGAGUGAUGUGGUAUGUCGAGAAUUCUCUCGCUUGAACACAGGGAGCAGCUCCUCGGCGGUUUGUUGAGUUAAAAAACGACGCUGCCGCUUCACUGAAGCCCUCGUGAUUGGAUGAAGAGAAAACCACCGACUACCAGCAUGGACGCGCUCCAUCCUGGAGUUUCCCACAAUCCUUAGUUCUCUGAUCUGCAGCUGAGUCUACUGAACCCUGAACCGUGACCAGCGCAAGUCUAUGACUGACUUCCUGUCAGGUGAUCUGUCUUGUGCCACGAUGAUGUCAGUAGAUGUGACCAAUCACAAUGGCCCCGCCGCCACACCUCCCACCUCGCUCAGCCUCCGCUCGUCACACAACCAGCUACUCAGCAGCGACGUGGUCAAACAGGGCUCCGCCACGCCUCCCAAGUGUCGCAAAAAGUACGCACUCACCAGUAUCCAGGCCGCCAUGGGCCUCGGUGAAGCGGUGCCACCUUCGUCGUCACCGGCGUCGUCCCCGUCGCAGUCUUCAACCCCCAACAACCCCAAACUGGCCAAGAACGGAGUCAACCAGCUCCGUAAAGCCGGACAGGAUCACAACAAAAACACAACCGGCCCCGACCCGACGGACCUGGAGUGUAAUUUAGAAACCGCAGCGGAUGACCUCAACGUCAACACAGCUGAGGAGCAUGACAGUCACACUCUCACCAAUAAUGACCGAGAGGAUGACGUCAUUAAGCUGGAUGUCGACCUACACCCAGACACGAGCAGUGACGCGGAGCCCGAGCAGAAAACUGAAUCAGACAUAGACUGUAACAUAAACACCACUGUGGAGCUCAAACUGAACGGCAACACAACAGAUCUGGGCUUUGACUUGAACAUUGAGACAGAGGAGAGCGAUGACAUCAGCAUCCUGUCCGAGAAGGAAAUGAUGUCAAAGAUGAAGAUCGAGGAAGAUGGAGAUGAGGUGGUGGCGGAGGAGCAGGAGGACGAGGAGAAGAAGCCUUUACUGAUGAUCAAAAGCGAGUCUCCCGUGAAGAACCACAAAGUUUCUUCAGGCCUGGAGCUCAUCUCUGACAUCCACUCCAACCUCAAGCUCCUCAAAUCGGGCAAGGACUCCCCGGUGCCUCCUCCUCCAUCUCCACCCAAGCAAGCAAGCCCAGAGGACACACCCCUGCUCUCCGUGGCCUCCUGCUCCUCCUCCUCGUCCUCCUCUCCAGAGACGAAGAAGGACAGAAGGACUGGUGCAAAAACAGACUGCGCUUUGAACCGCAUCCAGAAUCUGAACCCGAGUGACGAAGAGUUGAGUUGGACCACACUGUCCCAGGAGAGCAACUCCCCAGAGGAGACAGAUAUCUGGAGUGAGCAGUCAUUCCAGACAGACCCUGACCUGCCUCCAGGAUGGAAGAAGAUCACAGACAUGGCCGGUAUCUACUACUGGCACAUUCCCACAGGCACCACCCAAUGGGAGAGGCCCGCCACCCGCCCAGCACCCACCGGACAGACGGAGUCCCAGGCCCUCGGCGACCACACAACCUCCACACCGCGUAAACACUCUCUGGGCUCUCUCAGCCCCUCACCCACUCCUGAACACGAGUCAUGCCAGGCAGAGAUCUUCUUCAGGGCGUCAACUCGUUCGGGCAGCACCACGUCCGACAGCUCAGUGGAGCCUCUCUCCACUCACGAGCCCACCCUCACCACAUGCGGAUUCGUCAACAGCUGCUACUUUCCUCGUUCCACGUCUCUACAGGGGGUGCCCGAUCAGGAGUGUCGCUCUCUGCAUCACGAAGACGAGGACAAGAAACAGGUGUGGAGUGAUUUUGGCGGAAAGAUUGAUAGUGAAGUGUGGAAGGACCUGCAGGCAGCCACGGUGAACCCUGACCCCAGCCUGAAGGAGUUUGAGGGAGCCACUCUUCGCUACGCAUCUCUCAAGCUAAGGAACCGUCCAGCGGUGGAGGAAGAGGAGUCCAGCAGUGCCAACAGUGACCCAGAAGCAAAGUGCUUUGCAGUGCGCUCUCUUGGAUGGGUGGAGAUGGCCGAGGAGGACUUGGCUCCUGGAAAGAGCAGCGUUGCUGUCAACAACUGCAUCCGACAGCUGUCCUACUGCAAGAACGACAUCCGAGACACCGUCGGCAUCUGGGGAGAGGGGAAGGACAUGUACCUGCUGCUGGAGAACAAUAUGUUGAACCUGGUCGACCCCAUGGACCGCAGCGUGCUUCACUCUCAGCCAAUCGCAAGUAUCCGGGUCUGGGGCGUUGGCCGGGACAACGGCAGAGAGAGGGACUUUGCAUAUGUGGCGCGGGAUAAAAACACCAGGAUCUUGAAAUGUCAUGUGUUCCGCUGUGACACGCCAGCCAAAGCCAUCGCCACCAGCCUGCAUGAGAUCUGCUCCCGGAUAAUGACAGAGCGAAAGAAUGCCAAAGCGAUGGCAGGAGGUUCUCUCCAGGACAGGAUGCAGGCAGGACUAGAUCUUCCUUUACAAGCAGAGUUCCCCACACCAAAGACGGAGCUGGUUCAGAAGUUUCAGGUGCUCUACCUUGGGAUGCUGCCCGUGGCCAGACCAAUAGGCUCUACGCCAGGCAUGGACAUACUGAACGGAGCUAUAGACAGUUUAAUCGGGUCUUCCAACAAAGAGGACUGGACUCCGGUAGCCCUGAAUGUGGCAGAUGCUACCGUCACCAUCAGCAAAGACAAGGACGAAGAGGAAGUGCUGGUGGAGUGUCGCGUUCGCUUCCUGUCGUUCAUGGGCGUCGGGCGCGACGUGCACACGUUCGCUUUCGUCAUGGACGCCGGCGGCCAUCGUUUCGACUGUCACGUCUUCUGGUGCGAGCCCAACGCCGGGAACGUGUCGGAGGCCGUGCAGGCAGCUUGUAUGUUGAGGUAUCAGAAGUGUUUGGUGGCUCGCCCUCCCUCCCAGAAGGCCUGCGGCUCGUCGCCCCCCGGCGACUCGGUGUCCCGUCGGGUGUCGACCAGCGUGAAGAGAGGCGUCCUGUCCCUCAUUGACACCCUCAAGCAGAAGAGACCCGUCACUGAGUUGCCACAGUAACCGCGGUGGAGCCGAGCGCCACCGACUCCCUGCCACAACCCUCAGUCGCCAUGGUAACUAGUCGCAUCGCUGCCAAAAACCCGUCGCCACCACCACCGCCACCACCACAGACCCCAGUAACCAUGGAAACACAGCAAAGCCCUUGGGUUUGGGAAACCCUGUCAACAGUUCCUUCGCUUUUUCUGGAGUAAAAUUAGAAUUUCAGCAACUCGAGUCUAAUAACUGAGAUGAAUUAAAAAAAUAAAUAAAUAAACUCAUCAAGAAGGAAAAAAAACAAACAAACCCUCGAACGAUCAUCGUGACGGUGAUAGUGUACAUAGAAGUAACUCUCAUCCCUCCGCCUCGGCACGGAGGACGAGGACGAGAGGGACGCGAAAAAACUGAAGAAGUAGGAAGUGCUCGUGUGAUGAGCGAGCUCAUCGCUGCCCAAACUUGCUUCAUCUCUCCACGCUCUAAAUGUAUCCGUGUCCGUGCUGCCGGCAUGACCUCGCACACCUGGCCACACCCCCCUCCCUCCCUCCGUCACUCACCUGGUCGUCCUGUUAGUCUGCAGUGGCUUUUCCCCCUCUCUGUCGCUCUUUCUCAGUAGACUAACGUAAAGGAAAAGGAAUCAUGAAAGUUGCUACAGACUGGAAGAGAUCUGGCCGUCAGUCUACACACACGCACACACACACACACACACACACACACACACACACACACUCUAACCCGUUCAACUUAUCCUGCAUGAACUUUUUAUAUAAACGUGAAUCAUCCUAGACAAUAUUGACACACUGCUGCUGCUUUCAGAGACUGAAGGGGGGAGAAAAUCCGAAGCCACGUCGUCGUUUGUUUUUUUUCUUAUCAUUUCCUUCUGCGCAAGAAUCGGCCUGGAGGGUCUGAACGAGCGGUGACCUUUCACCCGAAAAACAUCCUUCACACACCCUUUUUUGUUAUCCCCUCGGAAAAUGACAGAUGAUAGCCAUAACGGAGGAGGAGACGCAGGGACAAGGCAGAGUGUCACCCCUCCGUCCUCUGCUCUCUGGUAAACAGUACUUAGACUGCUGAGACAUCAGCAUGCUGCUGCUGCCGCCGCUGCUCUUUGAUGCACAUGCUGGAGGAAAAUUAUGACCGAUUAUUCAUUCAAACCCCACCUCAGUAUGUGUCCCCGGAGACUUCCCACCAAGAAAAAAAAAAGGGGGGGAUCGGCAACACGUGAAACGCUCGAGGAAAUCGCGCAAAGAAGAAGAAGAAGACCUUAGGAAUGUGUUUUUGUACCCGGGUAUGGUGGCGAUGAUUGUGCCCACGGCUCUGAACUGCGCGCGAGAGAGAGAGAGACAGGUUUCACCUUCAGCCUCGGCUGCCAACAGAGAGACAUGUUGACUCAAAUUAACAGGACUUUCCUGGGCUGCUAUCUGUCUGUCUCCAGGGUUCUGUUCACUUGAAUGUGCUUUCUCUGUUUUACUUUCUGUUUUCAUCAGUGCCACAAGAAUCACUUCUGUUCUUCUUCUUCGUUUCUCACACAGAUCUCAAUCCAACGCUGCCAGCUCCACAUAUCUGACACGCUUACCUGUAUGCUGAUAACUAAUGAAGUCCUUUUUAUUGCCACUAAAAUCAUAAACACGUUUUCCCUGUGGUAGUUGUCGUGGAUGUAGCUGACCGUUGGCUAAACCUCUCCAGCUUACGGAGCGUGAAAGAGGCCGAUACUCGACAUGUAAAUAGUUUGAAAGGGUUGUAUAUUUUUUUUAUAUAUCGUCUUUGCAAAAUGAAAAACAUGAGCAAAAAAUGUAGGAAAUGAAUUAAAACUUUGUAAGGUGAGCUACAGAUUAUGUAACAGGUUACAUAACAAAAACUAGUUUACCUUCUCACAACAUCUCCCUCACAACCUGAAGACAUUCACUGUUUGGAAACAUGAACAAUAAAACCUGAAUCUGUCUUGGUCGUUUGAGUAUGUUAAACAGCCAAACAGGGUCAUGUUUAAAUUAUAUUUCCUUUAUCACACAUGUACUUGUGUACUAAUACCAGGACUACAGCUAUACUCCUGACUUUUACACAGAUUAUCAACUGUUGAGGAGUCUAACCAAAACAUGUAGCUUUAGUCUUUCAGCCUGAUAUUGUGUCAUCAACUGAACACAAGAAUCUAGUUUAAAAACUCAGCCAGAGGCUGUGUAUUAUUAAUAAAUGUGCUCGUGACAGCCGAAAUUUAGAGUCUGCUGCUUUUACAAUCACUGUUAAUUCAGAAAUCAGUGCGAGUAAUCAGUCCGCCCCGCUUUUUAAACGUCCCGUUAACGGAAAGCCUGGCACCAUCGAGCGGCGAGGCUUGGCGAGCGGUCACGUCGUCAUGCCUGUAGUUAGCAGAACCAGCAGUGUGAUUGAGAUCUUGUUGAGAAUAUUCAGCCACGUCAACUUUUUUUUUUGUCACAAGGAUGUUGAAAUGUGAAUGAAAUGAUAAAAAUACGCGUGUACAUAAUAUCCAUUUAAUGUAACAUCCGGCAUUAAUCGUUGUUAUAAGCUAUGUUUUCAUUUUGAAUGUCUGUAGUUUUCUAUUAUUUCCUUGUAAUGAAUUUUUUUGAGAACUCACCAAAUGGCCAAAGUGUAAAAUACUGAUAUACAUUGUUGUAGAUAAGAAAAAAAAUACGAGAGCAAAUAAUGAGACGGAGGACGAGCGGCGAUUGGAAAAGUUUCACAGUUGUCAAUUAAGUUGAUGCUGAAUUUAACUGAGCAAUUAUCUAUGCAUUCUUUUGAUCUCGAGAAGUGGAAAGUCGUAAAAAGCCUUGCAUGCCCUUGGACGGUUGAAAGAAAACGACUGUAUGUACUGAACAGAAAUAUUUUUUAUUUUAUUUAUUCUAUUUUAUAAAGGUAUAUACUGAUUUUAUUAGUUGGGGCAAGUUAAGUCUCUUGACUGUGUGUCAUUGUCUCAGUCCCUGGUUAACUCACAAGGCUACAACGAGCUCCGCUUCGCAGAAACAAGCAGAUAUCUUCACCUUGUACAGUGCACUGAGAGCUGGGAGUCCACUGCUGGUCUGAGGAGUAAAGAGGAGCAGGAGGAGGAGAAGGAGCAGUGGACUCCCAGCAUCUCUGUCAAGCUCACACAUAAACAACAACAACAAAAUCACACACACAUUUCCCACAGAUGGACGUGUUGGCUUCCGUUUGCUGCUCACUGAUUUGUACACUUUACCGAUGUAACCAAUUGUGAGAAUAAACAGCAUUAUAAAAGAGA